AUGUGCCAUGGCGACCAGGAGUUGAAUCGGACGCUGACAGAGACCGCUGUGAGGUUCUCGAGCAAGAUCCAGGCGACCACCGACACCGGCGUUGAUGCCGGGGUGGGAGAGGAGACGGUCUGGGUAGGCGACACCUACCUGCUCGUCCCGCAAAGGCUGUUCGACCUAUCCGCAGUGACGUUGGACGACGCGCAAGAUGGACAGACGGCCCUACGUUGUACUACAUGUCGCAGCGUGCUCGGCGAGCGCUCGUCUGCACCAACUGCCGCAGUUGGCGCGGGGACAGUCAUCAAGCUGUCGAAAUCCCUUCUCGAGCCCACCUCAUCCUCCACUGCGACCACAUGGAUCGGCGUCCUGCUAUCGACGCUCCAGUACGCGGCUGCAUCUCACGGUUCACGACGCUUCCUCAUCACCUCGUCGCGAGGCAAGAUCGAGACGUGGCUCUUCUCGCGUGCGCUGUUCACCACUUCCCUUUCCGCACACUGGUCUUUUCAGGAUGGACGAGGUGUGUGGAGAGGAAGUCGGCUGUUCUUCCGCCCUCCUCGCGAAAUGGAUGCAGGCGAAGAGGCGAUCGAGACGGUCGAAGUGAGCGACGUCGUUUUUGGCUUGUUGGAGGAGAAGCUAAGGGAAAGCUACGAGUCGCUGCCAAAGGAGCUGGGGAACGUGCUGCCCGAUUGGAAGGGUGCUUAUCUCGCCAGACUCGUCGAGUAG